AUGCGAUCCUUGGCUAUUCAGAGAUACUGCACGCCGGUGGACUACGAUGUCUUGAAUGUCCCUCAGCCGCAGAUCGAGGCUCCAGAUGACAUCCUCAUCAAGGUAUAUGCCGCCUCCAUUAACCCAGUGGAUGUCAAGGUGGCAUCCGGCGUCGCGAAGAUGGUGCAGCCAGAAACCUUCCCCUACAAGAUCGGCUACGAUCUCUCCGGCAUCGUCGUUUCAGUCGGCCCCGACGCCUCCUCCCGCUUCAAGCCCGGCGACGAGGUCUACGCCCGUGUGCCAGAGCGCUGUCGUGGCACGAUAUCUGACUUCGCUCUAUCAACUGCCUCUGCCACCGCACUGAAGCCGAAGCUCCUGUCCCACACUCACGCCGGGUCGCUGCCACUCGUUUCUCUUACGGCGCUCCAGGCAUUAGACGCGGCAGACGCGGAGCUCGAGGGUGGGCUGAAGGGAAAGACUGUGUUCAUCCCAGACGGUCUCUCCGGUGUAGGGACUGUAGCCAUCCAGCUCGCAAAAAACGUAUUCGGAGCAUCCAAGGUCAUUACGACACUCUCGCCAUCGAAGAUUGCGAAGGUGGACGAGAUCCUUGGAAAGGGCAUCGUGGAUCAGGUCAUCGACUACACCAAGCAGGAGCCAGCGCAGACCCUCCCUAAGGGUUCCGUCGACUCCAUGUUUGACACUAUGGGCGGCGCCAUGGGGUGUUUGCGUGCAAUGAAAGAAGGAGGCGUGAUCGUAACCGUCGCAGCUCUACCUUUCGGGCCAGACAUGGAAAGAGUUAUGUCUAACGCGCCAGUUGUUGCUCGUUGGGCUCUCAAUGCUAUUGGUUUUGCAGCCCAGUAUAGAGCCAGCAGAUACAAGGUAAAGUACUCUUACCUUUUCACGCAUGAGAGGGGGAGUGACCUUAAGAGGCUGGGAAACUGGUUGGAUCAGGGGAAGGUUGUACCCGUUGUCUGUAGGGUAUCGAGUUUGACUGAUUUGCAAGGCGUCAGGGACGGAUGUCAGGAGGUAUUAGCUGCGAAAGGCGGGAUUGGUAAGUUUGUGAUUGAGAUCCAAUAG